AUGUGCAGUAGGAACAAGGCUAAAGUAAUCUGGAAAUCGAAUUUCAAAUUUCAUUAAUAUUUUUCCAAAAAAGAAGUAUUUUUUUCCAGCCAUGUCCCCCAAUAACCAAGGACAAUGUUUUGGAAGUGUUGGAAUUUUUGUACGAUCAAAAAGUUGCUCCAAUGGAGAAGCGACAUGUUUUUGAGCAGUUCCACAAUCCGCCACUGAGGAAGGGGGAAUUCAUUUCGGUUCCAUUGGUGUUGUUUUUGGGGCAGGUAAGGCAUACUAGUCGCGACAUAAAGUCCUGACACAUUUGCACAGUGCAUUUUGUUUUCCUUUCGCACUCGUCGCGGCAAUUCCCCGUUUGUGCACUAGCGACAUGCACUUUCGCGCGAGUUCGCCACUUUUCUCGCGCGACACCCGCGACAAAAUGUGUCAGGACUUUAUGGCGCGACUAGUACUGUAGUAAUAAAAAGAUUUUUUAAAGGGUUGAAAAAAAUUAGUUUGCGCUGUGCAGAAUUUGAAGUUUUCAUAGGUUUCAUAUUUUUUAGCUGCCAAAGGCAGUGUCAGCAAUUUACCAAAGAAAUUUUUCGUGUUAUAAAAAAUUUUAUUGCAGUACUCCGUCGGAAAAACUACAAUGAUAAAAUAUCUGCUUGGCCAGGAGUACCCCGGCUCCAGAAUUGGGCCUGAUCCAACAACUGACACUUUUACCGUUGUUCAUUAUGGAGAAAAGCAACAUGAAGUGAUGGGAGCAACUUUAAUGGCAGAUCCAAGUCUUCCAUUCCAGGUAAGCAGAAAAUGAGGAAGGUUGAUAAUGAAAAAACUGAACAUAAAUCCUUUAUAAAAUUUUUUUCUAACCGCCUGGUAUAGAUUUUCUAGUAAUUUUUCACUGUUUUUUCAGUGCCUGAGCACGUUCGGGUCAACAUUUUCCACACGAAUUCGAGGAGCCGCCUUAAAUUCGGGGCUCUUGAAACACAUGACCCUCAUCGAUACCCCUGGCAUUUUAUCUGGCGAAAAACAUACUUCCAAUAGAGGAUAUGACUUUGCUACAGUAUCCAGAUUCAUUGCCGACAAGGUCGAUCUAAUCAUCUUGUUGUUCGACAUCUCCAGAUUGGAUAUCAGCGAGGAAUUCAAGAUUGUUCUGCAGAAUAUCAAAGGAAAUGAGGAGAAAGUAAGUUAAAUUGCUUGUUGAAGAAUAAAACAAAGUAAAAUCAAAUUUAUUUACCACGAUUUUUUGCAAUACAAAAUUUUUUUAUUUUUCGAUCUUUUUUAGCUGAUAAAAAUAAAAGAAAACUGAUAAAACUUGGAAUUUAGUCGGCUCUUUAUGUGAAUCAACGUCUUUCAGAUCAAAAUCAUCUUGAACAAAGCCGACUCCGUCGACACCCAGCACUUGACUCGAGUCCGCGGAGCACUGAUGUGGAUGCUGAGUAAAGUCAUCUCAACGCCAGAGGUCCCUCGAGUCUACAUUUGCUCAUUCUCUGAUGAAAUCGCGGCUAAUGGAAUUCCCAAGAGAUUUCAUGCUGAUUAUAAAGAACUUUUUGAGGUUUUUCAAAGAAUCCCGGCAAAGUGUAUGGAUCGGAAAGUAAAUGACAUCAUAAAACGGGCGAAGCAAGUCAAAAUUCAUGCGCUCAUCAUGAGUGAAUGCAUGCGUGGAUGGGUAAGCGGGAUUUUUUAAAAUUAAAAAAUAAAAAUUUUGAAAAUUUAAAUUCCCGCUGUUUUUGGCAUUCCGUUUCCGGCUGGGAAAACCGGAAAAAAUGAUUAAAGAUUUAUAUUAUUUUUGUUUUUUUACAUAGAACUUCACAAAUACCAUACUUUCAGUACCGAAAGAACCAACGUAAUCUCCAGGGCGCAUUGAAAGGGGGAAAGUUGACCAAGAUCUUCCACAAUGUUCGAAUUCAAAGUCAAAUUCCGGAAAGUUAUAUGCCACUGCAAGAAGUAGGUUGAAAUUGUUACCCUUGUAAAGCUUGCCUUUUUGAAACACUAUGGAUCUGGAGCAAUAUUUUUAGCUAUUCCAACAACGCGGAUUGGAGAGCAAUGUGGCUGGUUGGAACAAAUUGGACAAGAAAAUGAUGGAACAACUCCAAGAAUUCAUUGAUGUGGACAUUCCAAAGUAAGUCAAAUGCGUUGAAACUAAACUAGACGUCCUAAUAAAUCUUUUUUUGUCUAAAAUGUCAUAAUUUUAGUCAUAAUUUUCUUUAAAUUUCCAAAUUUUUUACGUCUUGUUUUAGUAUCCUCAAAGUCAUGGAGCACAAUGAAGAUCCCACCGAGUCUUUGAGGAACUAUUUCCACGACCUCAAAUCACCCUUGCACAGGAAAACACCAAAAAAAGUAGGAAGUUCCUCGAAGAAGGCGAAGAAUGUGGAAAAAGUCAGCAAGAAAGAAGAAAAAAUCCCGGAAAAACCGGCUCCAGUCAUCAACAAGGCCCCGCCGGAGCCACCAAGAGCACCACUGAUGGAGGGGCCUGCAUACGAGAAUUUGGUCGAAAUGGCCAAAAUUGAAGCGAAUAAUAAGGGAAACGCUGAGGGAAAUAAUGCCAACGAGGGUAAAUCGACUGGACCUCAAAACCAAAUAAAGGUACCCGAACCUCCAAGUGGCAGUAAUCUCGUCCAAACUGAUCUCCAAAGUGUGAAUUAG